CAUCGUAUUGUGUGUGAGUCCGUGUUCUUCCCCCUCCCCUAUACUGUUUGUAUUCUGCUCUCACACCAAACGAACAGCCUGAAUUAGGCUUUCAGAAGUCACAUAUAACGAGACGCGAGGCGAGAAACGGAAACAACGUUAUCUAGAAUUAUACUUAUAAGAAGUUGAAGUGAGACUCACCGUUCUCUACGAUGUAUGACCGCCAGGACGAUUAUGAUCUCGAUGAGGACAACGAGGAAUAUAUAGAGGAAGACAGGGACGCUGAGGACCAAGAUGAUAGCGAUGAAGAUACCGAAGAGGCCAGUGAACCUGACAUGGGAAAAUCGGAAGAAUAUACAGAAAUUAAAGAACAGAUGUAUCAAGACAAAUUGGCAAGCUUGAAAAAACAGCUGCAACAGUUAAACGACGGCACACAUCCCGAGUACAACCGUAAAUUGAAACGACUGGAAGCACAAUACAGGGAAAGACUGAGUCUGAAUAUAAUUUAUCGAGACUAUCUGACGGAAUGCGUUGAACGGGAUUACAUAGUGGAGAAGAAAGCGGCAGUGAAGGAAUUCGAAGAGAAGAAAAUCGAUCUGAAGGAAAACUUGCUCACUGAUAUGGAGGAGAAACGUAAGAUGAUCGAGUCCGACCGUCACACGAUGGAACUCACAGGAGAUUCGAUGGAGGUGAAACCAGUAAUGACAAGGAAGUUACGAAGACGUCCCAAUGAUCCGGUACCCGAGAAGGUGGAGAAGCGACGAAAACCGGCUCCAGCUUCGUUAAAUUAUCUGUUGGAUGAAAAGGAGAUCGAGAACGAUUUGAAAGCGAUCAGCCGCGGCAAAGUACUUACUAGCGUUCGAAAGCCAGUGGUCUUGCCACAUUACAAUGCAGUGAGUAUGCCGUCUCAACACAUAUCGCAAUCCUCUGAGGCCCCAUUGGUGGAAACUCGGAUAGAAGAUGGGAAAUUGUUGUACGAGCGGAGAUGGUUCCACCGUGGUCAGCCUGUCUACGUCGAGGGUAAGGAUCUCGCUAGGUUCGCGGCGCACAUCUCGGCGAUAGGCACCGAAGCGAUCUGGGUGAAGAAAGUCUCCGACUCCAGCAAAGUGCGCAUUUACACGACGCAGCUGAGUCGCGGGAAGAUCUCCAUCAAGCGACGGGCGUCUUAAUCGACUCUCUCAUUCUCACCGUUCGUCGUUAAACUUCCGACAAGGCGCGCUUGUUGCUGACUGAAGCGUCGUCAUACGAGCCGA